CCAUCACGUAUGCACGCGGCCCGUGUGCUCUCGUGUGCUUCUGAAGAAGAAGAACAGCAGCAGUUCGAUUAGCACCGGACGGCCCAUCAGUUGUAAUUCAUUCGUUAUGGUAUCAUUUGCGCUCCUGACUGUAUGCUCAGCUUCAAUUCUUCGUAGGAGUAUGUCGCAAGCAAACUUCUUCGACAUUUCUAUGGUAAUGUUUUGGACACUCCUGCAACCGCAACUAACAGUUUCAGGAGAAAGACUCAACAGCUUUGUGCAGCACUUCGAGCCGGUGUCCUACGACACCGCUGAUGUUCACAAGCACCAUUUGCGGAGGAAGCGCUCCCCCGCUGACGAAGUCAGCGUCAAGUUUCGCGGUCUUGACCGAUAUUUUCAUCUUCGCUUGAAACCAGAUGCAUCCAUGUUUCACAAGGACCUUGUCGUUGAGACGACUGAACAGGGAAUUGUGGAACCAGAACUAGAUCACAUUUACUCCGGAUACGUUGAUGGAGACAUUGGAAGCUUCGUGUAUGGUGGUCUUCACGAUGGCGAGUUUGAGGGAGGGAUUAUCACGAGCAACGGCAGCUUCUACCUGGAGUCCGCCAGGAAAUACUUCAAUUUUGAAACGCCAUUCCACUCAGUCCUUUAUGACUCGCGGGACGUUGUUUACCCACACCCCACAAAGACAAAGACAGGAAGCUGGUGCGGGCUGAAUUCCAAGAGUCGAAGUUGGAUGAAGCAGGUUUACAGCAAUAUCGUCCCGACUCCGCGCCCGCACAAAGAUGAACGUCGGAACUCGUGGAUUGGACGUAGGCUGCAAAAUAUGGGAAGCGAGAAAGAACGGAGACGUGAAUAUAAGCAAGUCAAGGAGAAGAGCUUCAAUGACUCCACCUCAGGUCGGGCUGCAUCAGCAGGUAGAAGAGUGUGCAACCUCGAAUACAACAUUGACCACCUGCUGUACGGCAAAUACUCCGAAGGAAGCAAAGACGACAAGGCCACAAGGGCGCGCUUGUCGGCAUCCAUUAGUGCUCACAUUCAAAAAGCCAAUCAAAUUUACCGAACCACAGAUUUUCAUGGUAUUGAAGACAUCAGCUUCAUUGUCCAGAGAAUUCACAUCAAUGACUCUUCAAACUGCAUUGGAGAAAAGGCAGCAACAAAUCCGUUCUGCACCUCUCUGAUGGAGGUGACUGAUUUUCUGUAUGCCCAGUCAUUGAGGAACCACGAUGAAUUCUGCCUCUCGUACGCGUGGACGUAUCGUGAUUUUCCGGACGGAGUUCUUGGCCUUGCUUGGAUCGCACUAUCACCAGCGAACGACCCCCUUGAUGCAACCGGUGGAAUAUGCCAAAAAUACAAGGAGUCGGUAAAACAAGGCACAAGAAAAGUAUACAAGCUCAGCCUCAACACCGGGAUAGUCAGCUUCAUUAAUUUCAACGAUUUCGUGCCCCAGCAAAUUUCCGAACUUACGCAAGCCCACGAGAUCGGACACAACUUCGGUUCCCCUCACGAUGAGGGCGAGGUAUGUGCCCCUGGCCAGGCAGGAGGCGGGAACUACAUAAUGUAUCCUUGCGCCACGAAAGGCGAUCUUAAAAACAACGACAAGUUCUCACCGUGCAGUAUCAACUUUAUGUCCGGCGUGCUUGGACCCAUUUUAUCGGGGGAGAGCUACCGCGAAAACUGCUUCCAAGAAUACAGUGGCCCUCUUUGCGGUAACGACAUAACCGAAGGUGCAGAGCAGUGCGAUUGCGGUAUGGAUGCAAGUGAGUGUACCGACGUGUGCUGCUACGCUCGACACAACGACGCGAAGAAGCAAGGUUGCACGCUGAAGCCGAACAAGAUAUGCAGCCCAACAGCCGGAGCUUGUUGCAGUAAGGACUGCCGUUUUCAACCAAGAGGGACACAUUGCGAAAUGGAGGAGGACUGCACUCAUAUAGCCGUCUGCAGUGGACGCAGUUCGCUGUGCCCGAAACCCGCAAAGAAGGCGGAUGGCACAUUAUGCAAUAGCAAUACGCAAAUUUGCAAGGACGGACGUUGCAGGGGCUCUGUGUGCGAAAAGUACGGGCUCGUAGGCUGCACUCUUCCCAGUGCGCAGUAUGACAUCAAUCAACAAUGCCUUGUCGCAUGCAAAGAGAACGGCACUGAAAACUCGUAUUGCUACCCUGCUUGUCACUUCCCAACGAUGAAGAAACUAUGUGGUCUCCAAAUGAGGCCAGGUGCGCCUUGCCUAGAGCUGAAAGGCUUCUGUGAUGUGUUUUCUAAGUGUCGCCGUAUCAACGCUGAAGGACCUCUAGUGACGUUACAAAAGAUUCUGAUCGGAGCAACCAUUGGCAAACUUGAAGCCUUCAUACAGGCCCACACUGUAGCUUCCAUCUUCAUUCUCAUAGCGAUAAUCGGGACAGUAAGCUUCUUGAUUAGCUUAUGUGCGGUGAACACGCCAAGCAGUAAUCCGAAGAGGAAGCACCAAGCGUGGCUGAAGAAGUUCCGCCGCCAAAUGAGGAAAUCUUUAGGUCAGUCUUCGGAAGAGACAGCAACCAAUAUGGGUAUGGGCGGCGACGGGGAGGUUACUUCUCCCGAGCUGCUAAAGGACGCUUCAGAAAUGACGACACAACGGCAAUAAAAUGGAUACACACA